UUGCCGAAGCAUAUUAUCUUACAACCCUCGCUGGAGGAGAUGGGGUUUCUGGACGUGAACAGCUCUUGGCUCAGCAGAGAAUGCACAGUAUGAUCAGCUCAGUGGAUGUGAAGUCGGAGGUUCCCGUGGGACUGGAGCCUAUCUCACCGUUAGACCUGCGAACCGAUCUCAGGAUGAUGGUUCCCAUGGUGGACCCGAUUAUGCGCGAGAAGCAGCUCCAGCAGGAGCUGCUCCUGAUCCAGCAGCAGCAGCAAAUCCAGAAACAACUGCUCAUUGCAGAGUUCCAGAAGCAGCAUGAAAACCUGACCCGCCAACAUCAGGCCCAGCUCCAGGAGCACAUUAAGGAACUCCUAGCCAUUAAACAACAGCAAGAACUCCUUGAAAAAGAGCAGAAACUGGAGCAGCAAAGACAAGAGCAGGAACUGGAGAGGCAUCGCAGGGAGCAACAGCUUCCUCCCCUCCGAGGCAAAGAAAGAGGACGAGAAAGGGCAGUGGCCAGUACAGAAGUGAAGCAGAAACUUCAAGAGUUCCUGUUAAGUAAAUCAGCUACAAAAGACUCUCCAGCAAAUGGGAAGAAUCAUUCCGUGAGCCGCCACCCCAAGCUCUGGUACACGGCUGCCCACCAUACCUCACUGGAUCAAAGCUCUCCACCCCUGAGUGGGGCCUCGCCACCUUACAAAUACACUUUACCAGGAGCACAGGAUGCUAAGGAUGAUUUUCCACUUCGUAAAACGGAAUCCUCAGUCAGUAGCAGCUCCCCUGGAUCAGGUCCCAGUUCCCCAAGCAAUGGUCCGAGCAGCAGUACAACAGAAAAUGAAACCUCGGUUUUGCCAUCUAACAUUCAAGCUGAGCACCUGGUUUCCCAGCAACGCCUUUUGAUACAGGAUGAAUCAGUGAAUUUGUUGAGUCUGUACACAUCCCCUUCUCUGCCCAACAUUACCUUGGGACUUCCAGCAAUACAGCCUCAAAUGAGUGCUUCAUCAUCAUUCAAAGAAAAGCAGAAGGGGGACACCCCAUCACUUAGACAAGGAGUGGCCUUGGCUGGACAGUAUGGAGGAAACAUUCCUCCAUCGUCAACCCAUCCUCACAUUGCUUUGGAGGGAAAGCCAAACAGCAGCCACCAAGCACUCUUGCAGCAUCUGUUGCUGAAAGAACAAAUGAGACAGCAAAAACUUCUUGUGACUGGAGCGGUUCCUCUUCAUCCACAGUCUCCUUUAGCAGCAAAGGAGAGAGUCUCACCUGGCAUAAGAGCUGCCCACAAACUGCCUCGUCACAGGCCACUGAACAGAACCCAGUCAGCUCCUCUUCCUCAGAGUACUUUGGCCCAGCUGGUCAUCCAGCAGCAACAUCAGCAAUUUUUGGAGAAGCAGAAACAGUACCAGCAGCAGAUCCACAUGAAUAAGAUGCUCUCUAAGUCCAUUGAGCAGCUCAAGCAGCCUGGCAGUCACCUGGAGGAAGCUGAGGAAGAGCUUCAUGGAGAUCACUCGAUGCAGGAAGAGCGAGCUCCCGCCAGCAGUGCCAGCGUUAGGGCUGAGAGCAGCAGUGCUGGCGUGGAUGACAGAAUAGGACAGCAGGUGGGGGCUGUGAAAGUCAAAGAGGAGCCACUGGACAGUGAUGAGGAUGUUCAAACCCAGCAAAUGGAAUCUGGGGAGCAAGCUGCUUUUAUGCAACAGGAGUUCCUGGCACAUCAACAUGUCCACCAGUUGCAAAUCUACCAGGCUCAGAUGGCUACAGUUGGCAUGGCAGGAUCAGAUAAACAUCGACCACUUUCCAGGACCCCAUCUUCCCCCUCUGACUCCACAUUACCUCACCCAGACAUGGACCAGCCCAACCAGCAUGCCUACACAACUGGUGUUGUGUAUGACAGUCUGAUGCUGAAGCACCAGUGCAUGUGUGGGAACUAUGCUAAUCACCCUGAACACGCUGGAAGAAUCCAAAGCAUCUGGUCAAGGCUCCAAGAAACUGGGUUGUUAAACAAGUGCGAGCGAAUUCGAGGUCGAAAAGCCAGUCUGGAGGAAAUACAGCUGGUUCACUCUGAACAUCAUUCACUGCUGUAUGGCACCAGCCCACUGAACAGACAGAAGCUGGACCCCAGGAAACUCCUAGGAAACGUGUCUCAAAAACUCUUUUCCUUGUUGCCUUGUGGGGGACUUGGGGUGGACAGUGACACCGUUUGGAACGAGCUGCACUCGGCCGGGGCGGCACGCAUGGCGGUGGGCUGUGUCAUCGAGCUGGCGGCCCGCGUGGCCUCCCGGGAGCUGAAGAAUGGCUUUGCUGUUGUAAGGCCCCCAGGCCAUCAUGCUGAAGAAUCAACAGCCAUGGGGUUCUGCUUUUUUAAUUCGAUUGCAAUUACUGCCAAAUACUUGAGAGACAAGCUAAAUAUAGGCAAGAUAUUGAUUGUAGAUCUGAGUCUAAACAAAUGGACUGUGAUUAUGCCAGCUGCCAACGAGUUUGAUCCAGAAAUUGUCCUGGUGUCAGCUGGAUUUGAUGCUGUGGAAGGCCACGACCCUCCGCUGGGCGGGUACAAAGUCACAGCUAAAUGUUUUGGUCACCUAACCAAGCAAUUGCUGAAGCUGGCGGAUGGCCGCGUGGUGCUGGCACUGGAGGGAGGACAUGACCUUACUGCCAUCUGUGAUGCCUCUGAGGCCUGUAUAAAUGCCCUUCUAGGAAAUGAGCUGGAGCCUCUCCCGGAAGAUAUUGUGCACCAAAUCCCCAAUAUGAAUGCAAUAGCUUCUUUAAAAAAGACCACUGAAAUUCAAAGCAAGUACUGGAAGUCAGUGGAGCCAUACUCUGUGCCAGUGGAUUGUGCUCUGGCUGAGUCUCAGAAGCAAGAGAGGGAGGAGACAGAAACAGUAUCUGCUAUGGCCUCUCUUUCAGUGGAUGUUGAGCAGUGUAUUCCUCAGGAAGGCAGCAGAGCUGCUGGUGAGCCCAUGGAAGAAGAGCCAGCCUUGUGA